AUGGCCGCCGAUGCUGGAACACAUAGUAUUACUCCAUGUGGUGAUGCUGCGUCACUUCCGGAAACAGAAGCACCAGUCAAUAGCUUUCAACCAAGUUUAAUUCCCCUGGUUGAAAGGAGGAUACAGAAAAUCAAGUGCGAGUCACUACCUUGCUUCAAUGGAGGAGAAUGUAUACAAAAGAAAUUCUGUGACUGCAGCCGGUAUAAUGCGUCAGGGUCACGGUGUCAGAUAAUAUACAAUGUUGGGUCUGAGAGAGACAAUAUAUGCCGAACAUGGGGCCAAUAUCAUUUCGAAACAUUUGAUGGAGUGUAUUAUUUUUUCCCUGGAAAGUUUACAUAUGAUCUACUACGCCAAAAUGACCCUGACGAGCAAAGCUUUUCAAUACAGGCGCACAAUGACCCUGAUUGUCAUUCCUUCCCAUAUUCCUGUAAACGCUCAUUCGGUUUAUAUUUUUCUGGAGAAGGUGAAAUAAAGCUUCAAAACCACAAGGUCCAACACAAUAACCACAGGGUGCAACUACCUUAUAAUGCUGCAAACCUCCAAAUACAGAAAAUAUCUGGAUAUGUAAUAAUCAGACUGCAGUAUGUGUUCACACUGGCGUGGGAUGGGAAAUCCUCAGUUUAUAUCAAGAUGGGUCCAGAUUAUUUAGGGAAAACCCGUGGACUUUGUGGCAAUAACAAUGGAAUUUUACAGGAUGACCUUGUAACAAGCUACGGAAAACAGACAGAAAAUGUCGAAGAAUUUGUAAAUAGCUGGAGAGAGAACAUUCCACAUGAAGAAUCUCUUUAUGGGGUUAUCUCUUUUUAUGAACCACCAUGUCCAAAACAAAAUCAUCAUGUAAAUAUGAUUGCUAAUUCUUUGUGCAGUUCACUUUUACAAUCUCCAUUUGAAAGUUGUCAUGAGUCCGUGAGUCCUUCUCCAUUCCUGGCCAGCUGUACAAAUGAUUUGUGUAUGUCUGAAGGAGACAUAGCGUCUUGGUGUAGAGCUUUAACAGAAUACGCCAGAGCAUGCGCCCAAGCUGGCAACCCACUACCAGACUGGAGGAUGAUGUAUACACAAUGUGAGAUCACGUGUGAGAAUGAUUUAGUCUACAGUGAGUGCAUCAACUGCUGCCCAAGCUCCUGUCAACAGAGGAAGUCAUGCAUCGACAAUGAAAUUGCCUGUGUGGAUGGCUGUUACUGCCCGGAAGGCUUGAUUUUUGAAAAUGAUGAAUGUGUUCAACCUUCUGAGUGCCCCUGUGACUUUCAUGGCACAUCAUAUCAUGCUGGUUCCGUGGUUCAAGAUCAAUGCAAUAACUGCACAUGCACUGGAGGAAAAUGGGUUUGCACUGAGAAUGUAUGUCCUGCGGAAUGUGCCAUCACUGGAGAUAUUCACAUGAUCACAUUUGAUGGGAGAAAAUACACCUUUCAAGCUCCGUGCCAAUAUAUUUUAGCAAAAAGUCGGACAUCUGGAGUAUUUACAGUCACUUUGCAGAAUAGCCUCUGUGGACAGAACCUAGAUGGAUCUUGUAUCCAGUCAAUAAACAUAAUUCUCAGCCAUGACCCCAGGAAGCAGUUGACCUUGACUCAUUCUGGAGACGUGCUGAUGUUUGACCAGUAUAAAAUCAAUCUGCCCUACACAGACGAUGUUUUUGAAGUUAGAAAGUUGUCCUCUAUCAUUCUUCAUGUGAAGACAAACAUCGGGUUACAACUGCUUUAUGACUGGAGUGGACUCAGGCUUUAUCUUAAGCUAGACGGAAGAUGGAAGGAUGAUACAAUCGGACUUUGUGGAACCUUCAAUGGAAAUACAGAAGAUGAUUUUCUAUCUCCUGCUGGGGUCCCAGAAAGUACACCACAGCUCUUCGGGAAGGCCUGGAAGAUAUCUUCAGCGUGUGGUUCUGAAUAUUUCCCAUCUUCCUUGGAUCCAUGUGAUGUGCAUUUACAAGCUGCUUCCUAUGCAGCAGAGAGUUGUAGCAUCCUCACCAAAGAGUUGUUUGCCCCCUGCCACUCGUACCUGAGCCCCGUGUCUUACUACGAACAAUGCCGGAGAGAUACGUGUAAAUGUGGCCAAGCUUGCUUGUGUUCUGCAUUGUCACAUUAUGCCCAUCAGUGCCGCCGGUUUGGAAUAAUCAUUGAUUUUAGAUCCAGCUUCUCAGACUGUGUAAUAUUGUGUGAAGAUACAAUGGAAUAUGGAACUUGUGUAUCUACGUGUGGCCAAACUUGCCAAGCUCUGUCAAUGCCGGAAGCCUGUGAUGAAGAUUGCGUGGAAGGCUGUGCUUGUCCAAAAGGAAUGUUUUUAGACAUCAGAACAGACAGAUGUGUAGAAAGGAGUGAAUGUCCCUGUUACUUCCAAGGAAUAGACUAUCAUCCAGGAGAAAAUAUAAUUACUUCCCUAGGCAAAUGCCACUGCACUAAUGGAACAAUGAACUGUGAGAGCUAUGAUGUUGUUAAUAAUUGCCCUGUUGGUCAGGUCUAUUAUAACUGCAGCAAUCCAGCAGAAGAUGUGGAACUGAGUCAAGAGCGGACGUGCGAGAACCAGCUUCUUAAUCUGACUACACCAGCUCAUCUUCCUUGUAUUUCGGGCUGCGUUUGUCCUAAAGGACUGGUCAAACAUGGAGAUGAGUGUUUCGAGCCCAGUGCGUGUCCUUGUUCUUGGAAAGCUAAGGAAUAUUAUCCUGGAGACAUAGUUAAUUCUUCUUGCCAUACAUGUGUUUGCCAACAUGGGUCCUUUCAGUGCACAUUUCACCCGUGUCCAGCCAUGUGCACAACAUACGGGGAUCGUCAUUACAAAACGUUUGAUGGCUUGGCAUUUGACUUUGUGGGGGCAUGUAAAGUUCAUCUCAUUAAGGGCCUGUCACCGAGCAGCUUUUCAGUCAUCGCAGAAAAUGUUAAUUGUUACGGUGGAAUAAUCUGCAGGAAGACAUUAUCGAUCAGUGUGGGAAAGUCUGUAAUUAUAUUUGAUGAUGACACAGGAAAUCCGAGCCCAAUGAGUGUCAUAGAUAAAAGGCAGUCUUUACAUGUAUGGCAAGCCGGCCUUUUCACAUUCAUCCACUUCCCUUCUGAGCGUAUUACUCUGCUAUGGGACCAGAGAACCACAAUCCAUAUACAAGUGGGGCCAAAAUGGCAGGGUCAGUUAAAUGGACUUUGUGGUAAUUUUGAUCUGAAAACUGUACAUGAAAUGAGGACUCCAGAUAAUUUUGAUUUGAUGAACUCUCAGGAAUUUGGCAACAGUUGGGCAGCCGAGGAGUGCAUCGAUAGCUCUGACAUUAGGAACCCAUGCAGUUUGAAUCCACUCCGAGAACCUUUUGCCAAGAAGGAAUGCGGAAUCCUCUUGAGUGAUGUGUUUGAAGAUUGCCACCCAGUGGUGGACGUAACCUGGUUUUACUCAAACUGUCUCUCAGACACCUGUGGUUGCAGCCGAGGUGGCGACUGUGAGUGUUUCUGUGCAAGUGUUUCGGCAUAUGCUCAUCAGUGCUGUCAGCAUGGAAUUACCAUAGACUGGAGAUCGCCAAGAGUCUGCCCAUAUGACUGUGAAUACUUUAAUAAAGUUUUAGGGAAGGGGCCAUAUAAACUGGUCAGUUACUUGGAUCGGAGCCUUGCGUUGGCAGCCCGGAUUUCGGAUGGCCGUGUUUUUCCAGUGAGGGCAGACUAUCUAAUUCCAGGAGAUACAGUUAGCUUCAUGCUGACUCCGGGGCUCUAUAAACCCAAAGCACAUGACAGAAACUUGGUGUCCCUGGAACUGACAGAACGUCCUAACUAUUUCCUGCAUUUAGGCAAAAAUGGUAGCUUUUUAAUAUCUAAAUGGCAAAAAAAUGAGGAGUUUCACAAUAGUUCCACGUUCAUCGUUCACAAAAAUUCUUGGAUUUCUGGGUACAGCGCCUUUGAAUGUUUCGCCAAGCCGGGGUACUUUCUACGCAUUUCAUUUUCAAAUAUUUAUCUGACAAGAUAUCACCACUCUGCGGCAUUCAGACUUUCUUCUCUCUUCAAACUUGCAGAUUUUACAGCAAAACUGUCACCUCGACCCACAUGUGAGUGGAAAUACGAUGCUUGUUCCAGUGCUUGUUUCCGAACCUGCAGAGACCCAGAUGGUGAACACUGCAAGGACGUGCCAAGAGUGGAAGGCUGCGUCCCGUCAUGCCCGUUACACAUGGUACUGGAUGAAAUCACACGGAAAUGUGUCUUCCUAGAGGAUUGUAUUGAGCCUCCAGUUGCUGUGUCUGUUCCACCUUCUACGCCAGCACCGACGGAACGACACACUCUGUCAACAUCACUUAAUGUGACAUCAUCACCAAGCAAAUCUUUUACAUCAUCAUCAUCAUCAUCAUCAUCAUCAUCACAUAUGCAACCCGAAGUCACCAAAUCUACAGUGUCCACAUCCGGUGUUAUAACUACAGAACUGUCUGAAUUUAUGACAGGAGUAGUGCCCCAUACAGUAAUGUCCACAAAUGCCUCAACUCCUACAUCUCUUUCAACAGUAACAAUGCACAUUUCACAGGCACCUGCCACAAAGUGGUCACCAAUAACUCAAGUAAUACCCACAUCUGAAGACAUUUUUAGUUUGAGCCCUGGCAUAGAAACCGGCACCAGCAGCAGAUCGACUUUAGAAGAAUCAGUGACAGCCCCUCAUGUUACGAGAAUUACUCAAGUGAAAACUGAUACAGAUUCCUCUCCUUCUCGUGAAGUUACUUUAACUACAGCGAAAAUAUCUAAUAUUACACUAACACCAUCCAGUGUAUCCACAGGGAGCUCACAAUUACCUUUAGUUGGCACUGUCCCGUCAUCAACAUCUGCAAAACCUAUUAAAACUGCUGAGGCAGAAGGUAUAACUACAAGAGAGAUAGCUUCACUGCCACCAAUAAAACCAACAACUACUGCUGAUGAAAGAACUUUAGUGACAAUGUUAUCCAAUUUUACAACACCAUUAAUUUCUCAAUUUGUUACUGGAAUGCCCACCAGUAAAGUUUCAACAUAUACAGCUACUCAAGGAACUGAUAUAACUGCAAUUUCACCCAAAGAAGUACAUACUCCUAGUAUUUCAACUGCCAUAUCCACAGAAUCUCUAAAACCAGUAUUAAUCACAUCUUCAAGUACUUUGAUGCCUACACCCACAGAUCAUACCACAAAGGAAGUAUUUUCCACAGGUGUAAUAAUUACAUCACAGGAGACUAUGAGUGUAUCUCAAACACUUCCAGAGUAUUUAUAUUCAUACACCACCACAACUGUACCAUCUACAUUGUCCCCUAGUCCUGCUGUAGAAGAAAAGUUAUCAACACCUGCUAUCAUUUUAACAAAACCAAGUGAAACAACACACACUUUAAUAAGUGAGUCCUCAAUAUUUCCAGAUGUAAAUAUUACAAUACCCCCACUUUCUUCACUAAUUACAGAACUAGUGUCCUUAAAAACAGAAAUAACUGCUUCACUUUCCACAAAAGUACUAACAACUGAAAUUUCUAGUGAUCUUACAGUGAAACAAAUUUCAACUCAGGAACACAACAUAACCAAAACUAAGACACUGUUGCCAGAAAUGUCUACUUCUUUGCGUCCCACUACAAGUUCACCAGGAAUGAGCGAAUACAUUUCACCUCAAUCAAUCUUAAGUACUGCCUCAGAAUCUGAGAUAACUGAUAGAGUUUCCAGUGUUGCGUCACUGACCUUUUCCUUGGCUCCUACACUUUUCACUUCUACAACAUCAUCAUUUCCUUCGUCUUUAGAGACAUCACAUUUAGCCUCCACUUUGGAAAGUACCACAAAGGUUCCAACUUUAACAUCCCAUUUACCAUUGUUAACAAUCCAAGCUAAAAUAGAACCAACAACACCAAUAACAAAAAUUCAUACAUCAUCUGAGGUCAAAUCCAGUAUGACCUCUAUAGUUUCCAUUUUGACAUCUCCAGGGGAUUUGAUACAUUUGUCCACAAGUCCUGAACUACACAUGACAGAUGGUAAAACUACAUUUCAAACAUCCAAUGUUACUACACAAACUCCUACAGGAUUGCUGAAUCUUACUGGUACUACAAAAUAUCCAUUUACAGAAACAAGAAAGAUUGAAUCCUCAAAACCAUCCUCAGUGGAAUAUAAAUCUCCUGAAGUUACUGUAACUUCUCCAAUUAUAUUUAAUGCAACUGAGACCUCAACAGACAAAAUUUCUACAAGUCACAUAGUUAUAACAGAAGAACAGGAGACAAUGGGGUAUACAUCUACAAUUCACGAGUUAGGCAAUGUAACUGGGUCAUUAAAAUCCAUCCCAUAUACAGAAAGGACAUUGUUACCCACUGAUUUUCCUGCACGUGACACAUUUUCAUCUUCUGCUCAAACAUUUUCAAAAGAGGCCUUUUCACCAUCCUCUCCAGAGCCUUCAUCAACCUAUUCAACUACAAAUGUCACAGAGCCCCUGCUCUCAACAACUAGCAUUUUUCCAUCAAUUAAAACAAGUAUUUCUAUAUCCACAUCAACCUCUAAAAGUCCUUUGUCAGAUAUCAUUGGAACCACACAGUCUACUACUCGAUGGACAUAUUUACCUUUUAUUACCUCAUUAUCUACUGCUUAUCCAGCUGUUAGUUUUUCCACUACAAGUCCAUUAAAAACGCACCUGACAACAGAAAGAAAGACUUUGUUAACCGAAGCAGUUAAUAUAACACAUAUCACAAGUUUAGUCACAGCUCUGAAUACAACAUCUACACCAGUUGCAACUCCAACUCCAAUACCUUUAUCCCCCAGUGCCAUGUCUACAUCUACUGCCAAAACAACAUUACCAGAAGAAAGUACAGAAAAACAUUUGCCAUCUACAGAAAAAGUAGAAACAUUAUUUAUGUCAACAAAGCACACAACUGGUUUGAAAGACUUGUCAUCAACUGACAUCUAUAAAACAACAGCUCAAUUAAUUUCUCGGUCAAGCACUCAGUUGGAGGGCGUAUCUGAAACAUUAGCCACUCAUCAGCCAACACCAACCAAAUCAGUGUCUGCUAGGUUAGUCACAGAAGAGACAUCAAUGCCAGAAGUAAUAAUAACAAGAGAUACUGUUUCAGGUGAACCUAAGACACAAUUUCUUUUAACCACAACACAUACUCCUCAUACUGGUACAAGCCAUACUGCUUCGUCAGUCGAUUAUUUAAAGCCACAAACUGAUUACUUGUCCGAAAGGACCUCUCUAAGUGCCACUUAUAAAUUAACUUAUGCAGUCACACACAUAUCAAAAUCAUCUGAGAAAGCUACCACAGAAGAAGCUCUUGCUACCCCAUUGAAGACAACCAACUAUUCCACAGGCUACAGUGUAACAGAGGAACUUACUUCCAAACUGCCAGAUAUAGUUACAUUGCAAACCACACAUGCAGUGAAUGCCACAGAUAGAGAAUUUGAUAUCCAAAGUACAAAUACUAGCUACAUUACUUAUACGCAAAGUCCUCACACAGAAUUGUCACAUAUAAGUAGUUUGGUUAGUAGUGUUGAACCACUCACAACUAGUCCCGAACCAAAACUUGAAACGUCAACAAUGACCUCUUCUCAUACGUUAACAACCCUGGUCCAUCUAAAUGCAACAGUAGUGCCAUUAUUUACAGAAUCUAUCUCCGUUUCAUCCAUAACACAGCCAGGGCCUAUCACAGCUCUUCCUGGGGACCAUACAAAAACAGAAGAUGUCUAUGAAGGAAUUUCUGCCUCAACCAUAAUACCCUCUGAUACUGCAACCAUCCAGACUUGUAUACCGUACACAGAAAACGACUGUAUAAAGCACAUAUGUGUAGAUGGACAGUUAAUACAGGUCAACAAAUCCCAGCACUGCCCUUAUAACGCCACACAGCCCAGCUGUGGACUCUUGGGAUUUGCUGUUCAAAUAAAUGGUGACAAAUGUUGCCCAAAAUGGGAGUGUGCUUGUCGCUGCUCAAUCUUCUCCGACAUGAGUUUUGUUACGUUCGAUGGGAGUUACCUGGCUUUGUUUAAAGAAGCUUCAUACAUCCUAAGUCUAACUGAGGACGAAUCCAUAACAGUUCAAGUCUCAAAAUGCAAACCAACGAACGGGGUGAGGAAUUAUUUUAUCUUCACCUUAUGUUUGUCUGCUCUGGAACUGACGCACCUAUCCAACCAGAUUUUUAUUGACCGUUUAAAUAGAAAAGUAACUGUGAACUCCAGAUAUGCUUGGCCAAUGGUUAGAAAGUAUGGCUAUAAGAUCGUGGAUACCGGAAAUAUGUAUUUAAUAGACACUCCAACAAAUGUUAAAAUUCAAUGGUUUCAUAGUACGGGUCUGAUGAUCAUUGAGUCCAAUGCCACCAGUAAACCCAUGUCGAUGGGUCUUUGUGGAUUUUGUGAUGGCAACACAACAAACGAUUUCAUUCUACCCAACGGGAGAAUCCUAGGCAAAAGCGAUGACGCCGCAGAAUUCCUGGACAGCUGGCAGGUGCCAUACACGUUAAAAUAUGUUGGAAAAGAGCGGCACCAAGACGUGAAUUGUUCGGUUACGGACUGCUCAGAAUGUUUUGGAAUGAUUUUAAACCAGGCGUUCGCCAGCUGCCAUCCUUAUGUCUCUCCUGAUGCUUUCUGUGAAUUAUGGGUCCAAGAUAUUGAAUAUGUUGAAGAUCACUGCAAAGCGCUAACAGCAUAUGCCUCCAUGUGUCAUAAAUUCAACAUUUGCAUUGAAUGGCGAAGCCCUGACUAUUGUCCAUUUCAAUGCCCUGAGACACAAAGGUACCAGUCGUGUCUACCUGUCUGUGAUGUGCCCUGGACUUGUCAGAAUAAUGAGAUCGAUCUUCAUGAUACUGAAUCUUGCUCUGCUUUGACUGAAGGCUGCGUCUGUGCUCAGGGAACCAUAUUGCACCGGUCAUAUUCCACCCUUUGUAUUCCAGAGGCAAAGUGCGCUUGUACGGAUAGCGGAGGAAUGCCGCAUGCAAUAGGAGACGUAUGGAAAACCUCCCUUUCAGGAUGUUGCAUGCAUAAAUGUGUUGACAAUGAUUCUAUUGUCCCCAUGGAAUACAACUGCUCUGAUGUUCCAGAGCCUCACUGCUCUAGAUAUGGAGAAAUCAUAAUUUCUGUUUCUGAUAAUCAAACAUGUUGUCCUCGGAAAGUCUGUGUAUGCAAUCAAACAACAUGUGAUGAUCUGAUUCCUGAAUGUGGCAUAACGGAAAAACUCUCAUCCUAUUACCAAGAAGACUCUUGCUGUCCUAAAUACAAAUGCGAAUGUGAUCCUGAGAAAUGUGAACCUACUGAGCAAAUACAACAUUGCAGAGAGGACCAAACCCUGUUUGCCACCCAUCCGAACAACUCCUGUUGCAUCAGAAACUUUUGCGCAUGCAACAUGUGUACCGAUCACAUCCCAAACUGUCAGGAUGGAGAAAUUCUAAUGGUGGAUGGAAAUUUUACUGACAGAUGCUGCCCACCGUAUCAAUGCGCUUGUGACCCCGCUCGAUGUCCUGAAGUGACCUGUAAUUUAGGAAUGUCUGCAAUUGAAAUCUGGAACCCUGACAGUUGCUGCCCUUAUAAGACAUGCGAGUGUUCAUGCAAUACCUACCCAAAACCGGAGUGCAAGCUGGGAGAAAAACUUCAAAUAGAUGAGGAAUGGAAAGAUAGUGCGGCAAAUGUCUGCAACUGCACUGUGUAUAAAUGUGUGAAGGACACAGUGUGUUUGAGUAAGGACCGAGGUGUUCUGAGACCAGGACAAACCAUCAUCGAGCACACAGUUGAUGGCAUCUGCCACUCAACGCACUGCACAGACUUAGUCGACCCGGUCACAAAGUACCAUCAGCUCAACAUUACAUCUCUAAACUGCGCGGCCAAAUGUCAACCUAACCAGGUAUACGUUCCUCCGAGAGAUUUAGCAACCUGCUGUGGUAACUGCAAGAACAUGUCCUGUGUCCAAACGUUAUUGAAUGGCACCCUUCUUAGCCAUAGACCUGGUACUUCUUGGAAUUCUAAAUGUGUCAAAUAUGACUGCACAAACACAUCUGUAGGACCAGUAUUAGUAACAUCUGCCAUCAAUUGUCCUCCAUUUAAUGAAACAGAAUGUAUAAAGAUGGGAGGAUAUGUAGUAUCAUUUUUAGACGGUUGCUGCAAAACAUGUAAGGAAGAUGGGAAAUUCUGUAAGAGAGUAACUGUCCGCAUGACCAUCAGAAAGAAUGACUGUAGAAGCAAUACUCCGGUUAAUAUUGUUUCUUGUGAUGGAAAGUGUCCUUCCGCCAGCAUCUACAACUACAACAUCAACACUUACGCUCGAUUCUGCAAAUGCUGCAGAGAACUUGGUCUUCAGAGACGUGUUGUGCAAUUAUAUUGCAGCGCAAACUCAACGUGGGUAAAUUAUUCUAUCCAAGAACCCACGGACUGCUCCUGCCAAUGGUCUUGAAACUGGUUUCUGUUGACAGAACAUUUUGACAAAGGAAUAUAAAUUAUAUCACAUCUCUGGAAAAAUGUCUAUAUAUGUCGAUUGUCUAUAUUGAUGAAUAAUGUAUUUUUAUUUUUCAAGUUAAAAUAUUCUGGUAGGUUUCGCCAUAUUGCCAAGGUGUCAUCGCUUUCACUUUGUAAGUCUGAUUCAUAAGAACA